AUGGAUUCGACACAUUUAGACCAGGACGAGUUUCUUGCUCGGUUGGGAGAACUCUUCAGUCACCGUCAGGGCAGCGAUCACGGAGCCAUCUAUCUCACCCAGAAACGAUCCGACCCCUUUGCCGACCUCAAACCCAGCGGUCCCUUGCCUGUCAUUGUCCGUGCAUCCAACGGCAAGUCCAAAAAGGAAAGAAGCGAAAAGGUCAAGCUAUCUACAAUCGUCCAGCCCGACGACCUCGAAAAGUUCUACGUUCGCUAUGCCGAGGUUUGCAAGGCUGGCAUGACGGCGCUCAAGCCGAGGGAUAGGAGCAAAAAGAAGGCGAAGGCGAAGAAGAAGAAGGCGACGACUUCUUGA